AUGAAAGAUGGAACAAAUGCAAUGACUCCACCUAGUAAUAUGCAAAUGAAAGGAAGAAAGAAGGACUCAAUAGAGCAAUUUAUCAGUUCUCCCCAACUUUUCCUUGAAAAUAGUUUAUCUCAGUUGAGAUACAUGAUACUCAUUGAAGGUUUGUCCAUUCCACCUGGAUAUGAUCUGUGUCCUUAUAGAUCCUACGUUUGGUCAAUUCUUUGCCGUGUGCCAACUUUUUCAACAGAUAUGUAUAGAGAAAUCAUGGAUGAUACUGUGGACAAUUUGUCACCCGAGUUAUACCAAAAAAUCAAGAAUGACACGUUCAGGACUUUAAUGAACGAUAAGAAUUUUCAUCAAAAAGUGCUGGAACAUUCGCUAGUGAGGAUAUUAUCAGCAAUAGCCAUGACUGUUGACAAUAAAGUGGGAUAUGUGCAAGGAAUGAAUGUUUUGUUAGCUCCUAUUGCCUAUGCAUGCCAAAAAAGUGAACCUCAAGCAUUUGCGAUAUUGCAUCAUUUAAUUACGAAGCAGAUACCGCAAUACAUAACCCCAAACUUAGACGGCGUUCAUGCUGGGCUUAGCCUUGUUGAUGUCGUUCUUACAAUUAUUGAUCCAGUGCUAAGUGAAUAUCUCGAUUCAAAGUUUUUAAAAGCUGAGAUCUAUGCAUUUCCGUCGGUACUAACGUUGUGCGCAUGUACACCACCAUUACAAUCAGUGCUUAAAUUGUGGGAUUUCCUUUUUGCAUACGGAACGCAUAUGAACAUUUUGUUUAUUGUAGCACAAUUGAUAAGUCAUAGAUCGGUAUUGCUAAAGUCUCAACAGCCCAUGAAAAUAUUAAGAAAUUUCCCACCAUUGGAAGAAAGUGAGAUUAUAAAGUUGAGUCUAAGCUUCAUUCCUGAGCUACCAAAACCACUAUAUGAUUUAAUUACAAGACACGGGUUUGAUCCCAAUGUUCCAAAUGAAUUAAAAUUAUUUUUGAUUGAGAAUAAGUAUAAUUAA